GAUUGGCUCUUUCGGGGCUCAGGGUGAGGGAGGGACGCAUGCGCAGCAGGGUCGGGACUGAGGCCUAGUCGUAGUUAAGUUACCCCGAAGGUAAGUUUGGGUGCCCUCCGCAGUGAGAGCUUGGCCGUCCCGAGAAAAGUAUCUCCCUAUCCGGCGCUCCCUUCCCUCCGAUCUAGAAUCCGCUCGUGUCCACUUUCCCUUCGACCUUAUCUCGCAAUCCCAAGGCCACAACAACCCUACAAGCAUUACAGAGGGCCUGCUCUAAUUUGUAACUGGAAAGAAGAGAGACACGCACACACCCCAAAAGGAGGGGGCUACCCUGCACAGCCCAGAUCCAGGAAAGGAAAAAAUGAAGAGCAUCAGAAGCCUGAUCUGAACUGCAGAUCUGCCAGCGGGUGUCGUGUGAAGGCAACCGAAGCAAACACGAGGGUUUGCCAACCCAGCUACUACAGCUAGAAAAGUCUCCUCCGGUUCGUUUAGAUGCCUCCCUCAAAUUUAUUACUCUUCACUGCGUCUUUGAUCCAACGGAGAACCUUCCCUUGGACAUCAAGGCUUGGAGACGAACGUCUCUUGCUGCGCCAGUUCCUUGGACCGUACGUCCUUGAAGCAGGGAAGAAGAGCUGCAGCGAGCUGCUUCCUCUCAACGAAACUGACUUGGAAGAACAGUUCGUCCGGGGCUUCGGGCCCGGAGGCCAAGCCACAAACAAAACCAACAACUGCGUGGUUCUGAAGCAUCUUCCUUCGGGGAUUGUCGUCAAGUGCCAUCAGACCCGGUCCCUCGAGACCAACCGGUCGAAAGCCAGAGAGAUCCUUCAGGAGAAAGUGGACGUUUUCUACAAGGGCGACUCCAGCGCUGUGCUCCAGGAGAAACGGGAGUUGCACAAAAAAAAGGAAGAGAAGAAACGAGAAGCCAAGAAAAACCUGGAAAGGAAGCGGCACUUGAAAGAAAUGCAGGCCCUGGAAGACAAAUAGGAACAGAAAAGUCUCGGCUAUCAUUGUUUAAAAUACGGGAUCUGCUCUAACCAAUGUACAUUUCUGAUUUUUAAAAAAAACUGUGAUUCAGCAGAAAACAAUACACUACAAUCAAUGCUUGAC